AUGCCCAAGCCACGCACAAAAAGAGGCUCCGGCCGCGAGGCACGCAAGAGAAAGAAUGCCGAGGAAGGCGAUUACAUCGAAGAGAUUGAGACCAAGCGAGCUCGCGUCGAUGGCGACGACAUUGACCACAAUCACAGCCACCACCACAACGGCUACGACCGGCAGGACGAAGCGGCGUCGGCCGGCGACAAUGGCUUCGCGCACCACGAGGAAGAACCGGCCGAGAGGGAAUUCUUUGGAAUGCUCGCCGACGAGGAGCAGGAGUACUUUCGGCGGGCUGACGAGAUGCUCGAGCUGAACCAGUUCCCGACGCCCGAAGACCGCGCUCUAUUCCUCGACAGCGUCUAUGAGGAGGCCAAGGGCAAGGAGCUCAAGGUCGCAAGCAGCCAGUCGUGCUCGCGGCUGAUGGAGCGCUUGAUCCAGCUGGCCACGACGGCGCAGAAGAAGCGGCUCUUUGAGGCGUUUGGCGGCCACUUCCUCUCGCUGGUGCAGCAUCGUUUCGCUAGUCACUGCUGCGAGGCGCUGUUUCUGCGCUCUGCUGGCGUCGUCUCGCAGGAGCUCGCGGGUUUCGUGCUCGACACGACGGGGGCUGUAGAGGAAGACGCGCAGGAGCCUGAGAAUUCAAUGGAGAAUUUGUUCCUCGCGACGCUCGACGAGCUGGAAGGCAGCCUGGGCUCUCUCAUGACGGACCGCUUCGCCUCGCACGCGCUGCGGGUGCUGCUGCUCGUGCUGUCGGGGCGGCCGCUGGAAGACGCGGCGUCCAAGACUCUCAUUAAGAGCAAGAAGAAGGAAAGAGUGUUUGUCGCCGGGUCCGCGCUGGUUGACGAGCAGAACCAGGGCGUGCGCGCGGUCCCGGCGUCGUUUGCGGCCGCCGUCACCAAGAUCAUCCGCGACGCCACGUCGUCCAUGGACGCCAGCAGCCUACGCGUCCUCGCGACACAUCCCAUCGGCAACCCGACCCUGCAGCUGUUUCUCGAGCUCGACCUGUCCCUCAACAAGGCGGAGAACAAGGCGGCGGAGAAACAAAUCGACGAUGCCGACGCCGCUGCCGCCGCGCAGAACAAGCAACCGACGCUUCUGUUCCAGCUACUCCCCGGCGCGCCGCAGUCGCUGUACGAAGAGUCAUCCGAGGCAACCGAGCAGAUCAACGGCAUGAUCUACGACCCCAUCGGCUCGCGCCUCGUCGAGACCAUCGUCACGCACGCACCUGGAAAGGUCUUCAAGGCACUGAACCAAAACAUCAUGCUGCCGCGCAUCCAGGGCUAUGUACGCAACGACGUAGCCUGCUACCCGGCCAUUAAGGUGCUGCAGCGCAUCGGCAAGGACCAGCUCGUAGAGGCUGUGGCCAAGAUUGGGCCGACGGUGCCGCAGCUCGUGGAGAAGCACCGGUACAACGUUCUCAAGACGCUGUUUGAGCGCUGUGCGGCCCGUGGUCUGACGGAGGAGGUGAAGCAGCUUAUGAAGGGCCUCCGCGAGGGCUGCGGUGCGCAGCCCGCGGAUCUGGUCACGACGCUGUGCUCCCUCGACAGCGACGACAAGGACGACGACGACGCGGCCAAGAAGAAGAAGAAGAAUAUCACCCAGCUCAGCAAGAAUGAAUAUGCCAUCCAGUCGCACGGCGCGCAGCUCCUCACCACGCUCCUCGCCAUCCCCGGCCCCGCCAAGGGCGUGCAAGAAUCCCUCUCCGCGCUGCCGCCCGCGCUCCUUCUGCGGCUCGCCACCACGUCUCUGCCCACGGCGACGCUCGUCACCACGGCGCUCAAGACGCCCUCGGCCAACGCGGUCUUCCAAAAGUCCACCGUGCACGCGCUGGCGCCGCAGCACGUCGCCGCCCUCGCCGUGUCGCUAAACGGGCACAACAUCGUCGUCGCCAUGGCCGAGCUGCCGACCAGGGGCCGCGACUACAGCGUGCCCGCACACGUCAAGGACGGCGUCAUGCAGGCGCUCGGCGACGCCGAGGCGACGCUGCGCGACUGCUGGAUGGGCCGCAGCGCGUGGCGCGCGUGGCGCGGCGACUUGUGGAAGACGAGGCGACACGACUGGAAGGCAUGGAUCAAGGACAUGGUGGCUGACGAGUCGCAGCAGGUCACGUCUGUGCACAAGAAUGGUGGUGCUCGGGCAGGGAAAAGAAGGGAAAACUAA